AUGGACAAUGACAAGUCUGUUCAGUACUUGGAGGGGCUAUUGGGUCGUACACUGCGGAUUCAUACCACGGAUACUCGAAUGUUUGUUGGGCUUUUCAAGUGUACCGAUGCGGACCGCAACAUCAUCCUUGCGAACUCUUUUGAAUACCGCAUGCCUACUACAUCCGCCGUCCAGGCCGCCGCAGACGAGAAGGAAUCGUGGGGAGAAGGACAAGAAGCAAAGAUCACAACAGUCAAGGUGAACAUGACACACCGGCUGAUAGGCCUCAUUGUGAUCCCUGGACGACACAUCACGAAAAUAGAGCUGGAGUAA